AUUCCUGCUUCCAGCCUCCAGAUCAUCCUUCCUUGCUGGCCCGAUCUAUCCUGCUCGCCCUGCUGCUAUGAGAAGCUGGCUGCAUGAAAACAGACGUCUUUUGGAUUUAUCCUUGCUAACCCCUGAGCUGCUUUCAGUUCUUCAUCGCCUGGGUCUGUCCCCGGGGAAAGAGGUCCUUCGGUUGCGGCUGAGUCACAAGGGUCCAAUCACCACUAAAGGAAGGAUGAGGUCUCACCCAGAGGCAGAACCAAAGGAUGAAGAUGAAGAGGGGGCACUGACAGGUCAUCCCAGAAACACAACCCAUGUUGCACCAUUUUAUUGGGGACUCCCCAAAGUUUUGGGGGACACUCUGGGGAAAGAGUUCAUUGAGGAACCCUCCAUGCCAGAACCCCUUCCAGCACCUCACAUCACCAACAACAUCCUGGGGGAAGUGGUCACUGAAGAACUCUCCGUGCUAGAAACCCUUCCAUAAACUCACAUCACCGAUGACAUCCUGGGGGAAGUGCUCACUGAGGAACCCUGCAUGCCGGAACCACUUCCAGCACCUCGCAUCACUGACAACAUCCUGGAGGAAGUGCUCACUGAGGAACUCUCCAUGCCAGAACCUCUUCCAGCACCUCGUAUCACCAACGACAUCCUUGGCGAAGAGCUCACUGAGGAACCCUCCGUGACAUAACCCCUUCCAGCACCUCGCAUGACCAAUGACAUCCUGGGGGAAGCGCUCAUUGAGGAACCCUCUAUGCCAGAACCCCUUCCAGCACCUCACAUCACCAACAACCUACUGGGGGAAGCGCUCAUUGAGGAACCCUCCAUGCCGGAACCCCUUCCAGCAUCUCACAUCACCAACGACAUCCUGGAGGAAGAGCUCACUGAGGAACCCUCCGUGCCAGAACCUUUUCCAGCACCUGGCAUAACCAAUGACAUCCUGGAGGAAGAGUUCACUGAGGAACCCUCCAUGCCAGAACCUCUUACAGCACCUCACAUCACCAACGACAUCCUGGGGGAAGAGCUCACAGAGGAACCCUCUGUGCCAGAACCCCUUCCAGUACCUCGCAUCACCAAUGACAUCCUGGGGAAAGCGCUCAUUGAGGAACCCUCCAUGCCAGAACCACUUCCAGCAACUCACAUCACCAAUGAGAUCCUGGGGCAAGCGCUCACUGAGGAACCCUCCAUGCCAGAACCACUUCCAGCACCUCGCAUGAUGACCAAUGACAUCCUGGGGGAAGAGCUCACUGAGGAACCCUCCAUGCCAGAACCUCUUCCACCACCUUGUAUCACCAACAACAUCCUGGGGGAAGAGCUCACUGAGGAACCCUUCAUGCCAGAACCUCUUUCAGCACCUUGCAUGACCAAUGACAUCCUGGAGGAAGAGUUCACUGAGGAACCCUCCAUACCAGAACCUCUUCCAGCACCUCACAUCACCAACCACAUCCUGGGCGAAGUGCUCAUUGAGGAACUCUCCGUGCCAGAACCCUUUCCAGCAACUCACAUCUCCAAUGACAGCUCAUUCCAUCCUCACAGACACUCCAAAGGAAGCAGCUUCUGUGUCAGAGCCCUUACUAGAGCCUUCCAUUGCUGAUAAUUAUCUUCAGCAAGAAGUAGAACUCCUCAAAGGGUUACAGCAUGACUAUGUCCAGCAGUAACUGAGGGUUCGCCGCAUUUCCCAACAGUUCCCUCGUUCUCUCCGGGCCAUCAACCUGCAAAUCGGACACACGCAGACAAGGCUCAUCCGCAGUGAAGUUUGGCUGCAGCGGUGGGAAAGGGAAGGUAUGUUCACAGCAUGCCCCUGAAAUUGCUGCUGGGCUAAGAAUGGCUCUUUUGUUUAUUUCAUGUUGAAAUGCUUGAUUUGAGUCUGCAUCUAAGGUUUCAGGGGGGAGGCCUGUGAGUGGGUUGUCAGUGCUUGCUGAAGUGUUCCUUUGUUUUCUGUCUUUCAUGUGUCCAAGCUGUAAUGCCUGUAAUCCAAGCAGCUUCUCAGAGUGAGCAGUGAGGGCAAGUGAUGGUGGGUGUGGUAGGAUGUCAGCCUUUGCAGCUGACCUCCUGCUUCUUCUUCUCUCUUGCAGAUGUUCCUGCAGGCCCUGCUGCACUUCUCCAGCCCUCUGGGUCUGAUACAUCAUUGUCCUAUGCCUCCCUUGAGGUUGCCUUCAUCCCAACCUCCACCUCCACCACUUCCCUCCUCCUGCAUCCCUCUCCACCUCCUCCUCCUUCCCCACCUCCUCUGGAGCCGGACCUCAGCAAUGUGAAAGAAACUCUGCAGAGUUUGGUAGAGAUGCAGGUCCAUCAGCUGCGUGACCAUAAGUCUCACAGAGGCAGCACUCCAUAACCUCUACCUUUUCUAUCCUCAUUGUGAUUUUACAAUCGAAAAAACUUAUAGUCUAAAAACAGAGGCAGGGAUACAACAGAAGUAAAGGGAAGCUGAGGUGGGGGCAAGUGGGGGAAAGAUGUGUAUGUAUUUCAGCUGUACUUCCUUAGGACCAGGGAGACCCAGGUUUGAAUUCUCAUCCAGUCAUGAAACUCUCUGGGUGACUUUGAGCCAGUCACUUGUCCCACAGCCUAAUUUACCUCUUAGGGUUAUUGUGAGGGAAAAAAUAACCAUGUAUAAACCUCCCUGAGCUGCUUGAGGAAGAGCAGAAUAUGAAUGCUAAAAGGACAACAAAUAUCAGCCCUUUUGAGUUUAAGCUGAGAUGAAACAGGAAACCAAGGAGGAUGAUAUACAAUUGUGCAUAUUGCAAAUCCUCCUUAAAGUGUCAUCAAUGUACAUGGGCAAAAGUUCCCUGCCACCAGGAGCAUACAGUCUAAAGUUUGGCUUUGGAGAGAGAAGUGAGGAAGAGGAGGAAUGGGAGAGGAAAAUAUAAGGGGCAUUCAAUUCAAGCCGAUGGAGCAGCCUCUAACUGAGGCAUUAUGCCAAAGGCUGCACAGUGGAGGUGGGUUUUCAGGUAUCAUUGGAGGGAUAGGAGAGAGACGAGGGGCCACAUCUGAGUGGCUGUUCCAGACCCAAGGGUCAGAGAGAGGGAAGAGAAAGAGUUGUUUUAGAGAGCAGGAGACCUUCAGGUGGCUCCUGAAGACAGAGAAGCUGGAAGAGCAAAAAUCAACCUGACGAGGUGCGAGUUCACCGGGGGGGGGUACAUAGCCAUGGAGGGUUUUCAAGACAGAGAGGAGGAGUCUGUGCUGGGCAUGGAAGGGGACUAGAAGUCUGUGCAGGGACUGACAUGGUGGAGGACAGGCCCCUUCACCCUGUUUGUGUUCUCUCCUUCAAGGCCAAAGAGACCUCCGCAGCUGCCAGGAAUGCUUAUAAAGCUUCAAGGCACUGAAGGGACAAUUGAGGUGGCUAAGGAGCAGACUGGCCAGGGUGGAAGCCACUAUGGGGAUCGUGGUUCCUCCAAGGGAGCUGGACGUUGCUGAGGAAGAAGGGGAAGGCAGAUUAAAAGAGACAACUGUGCUACUAUUUACAUAAGUAGCAAUAAAAUGCUGUGUAUAUAUUUUUUAAAAACUAAAUAUUUGUUUUAAUAGGAUGUAGAGAUAGAACAGCAAUAAAACUAGCAUAUUUAUUGUUUAAAAAAACAAAAUGUUUUAUGUUAAAGAAAAUACUUUUGUCUUGCUUUGAAUAUUCUUUGGGUAGAGUUGGGUAAAAAGGUCUUUGGGUCAAACUCAGCUACAGAAAAGACUCUCUUGGCCAGUCCACUCAGGGCCAAGAGAUGUUUGAGAGGUUCAAGAUGUAGCUCAAGAUAGACAGUUCCUUGCCAGGAGGCUCAUACAGAGCUUGUCUGCCCCAACAUGUAUGGCUAGGAGGCUGGAUUUUGGCCCUGAAGAGGGAUCUGCCCCGUGUGGAAGAGGAUGGAAUGGUGAUGCGGAAGAGGAAGCUUGAUUUAGGGCAGGGCUGCACAACUCCAGCCCUCCAGCUGCUGUUUGGCUACAGUUCCCAUCAACCCUGACUAUUGGCUACUGCGACUACUGGGGCCAAUGGGAGCAGUAAUCAAACAACAGCUGGAAGGCCCAAGUUCGAGGCCAAAUGUUAUUCUCAAGCCCUCUUAUUUUCCACCAAGAGCCAAAGCAGCAGCUGGAGGCUUAGAUCCAGGCGGAGUCAAACUGAGUGACUGAUUUGGCCCUGGGGGAAGAGCUAGGAGGUGGCACCUCCAUUUCCUUUGCAGGAAGAAAAGCCGUGGGGGUGGCUUUCUGUAGAGCAUGACAGGAAAGAACCAAAAAAGGCAGCCUCCAUAUCAGGCCACCUCCCAGGACCUUCCAGCCUUGCUUGUACUCUGGCAGAAGAACCCAAGGAGACCACCUUUAUAUCAUGAGAGCUCUGUAUCAGACCUCCACCCAGGGCAAUCCAUCCCUGCUGAUACUUCAGGGAAAGAGAAUGAAGAGGCCCCCUACAUAGCAGGCCUCCUCCCAAAUGCAGGAUCAGCAAUGAGAUUAGACCUUUAGCCUCCAGGCUGUUUUUCUGCCGGAGAAGAGAGAAGAAGGAAAGCCUGAAAGAGAGCACUUGUCACUGCAGAUGUUAGAUUUGAUAUGACAAUGAAAUAAGACAGCAAUGCAGGGACCACUGCAUUAGCUACACAACUCAGUGGUCGAAUGCCUGUCCUUGACCAUCUCUAAGAGCCCUUAAAGAUGGUCAAGUGUAAGGACAAGAACAUGUUUGCUCUUGAGGCUCAUUGUGCAUGCACUGAGAAGAAUCAUUAGAAUCAACAGAAGAUGCCUUCUUAAUGGGAUACAUUGGGCUGAGUGUUUGCACCUAGAACAACACAUCACCAUGGGAGUGCUGUGCCCAUGAAUGCAGUAAUGCAAAGAGGUGAUGUUUCAGACAAAUGGUGCGCCUAAUUCAGACAGCUCUAGGCAACAAGCUUGAUACUCUGGCAAUGAUUCAGGAAUAUCAUCCAAUCUUCAAUGUCAGUUUCCUUUUAAAAGUGAAGAGAGAGUUUCUGUAAUCCUGACACCAUUAUUACAUUUUAUUAACAUUAUGCUAACUGGAUGGUCAUACAUUGAUUUUCUUAAAAGGAUUCAAUUUCCUGGCCAGAGUGACCAACAUUUAGUCUACUAAUUGUUUUAACUUAAGAGAAAUAAACAGCUCCAGGAGAUAUGACUGUUUUGGAUGCCCCUUAAUAAAAAUGGAACUACUUUUAUAGAAUUUCCUUAUUUUGCCAAGACCAGA